GUGCUGGCAUCUUGGCCAUGGCUAACGCGGGGCCGGACACCAAGAACAGCCAGUUCUUGACCCAUAUCCUCCAUGCCCAGUGGCUGGAUGGCAAGCACAGCAUCUUUGGGAGGGUCUGCCAGGGCCUGGGGGUGCUGGGCCGUCUGGCCAUGGUGGAGACCAACGCCCAGGACCGGCCCCUGGACGACGUCAAGAUCAUCAAGGCCUUU